UAUAGACUUGGCGAAUCCAUCAUCAUUCAUAUAUACUCUCUCUCUCUAGAGGACUGGACAGCCAACGUUUCUCUGCUAUACACCCACUUCGUUCCCACUUGACUCAACUCUCGACAUUGACAAUGUCAGCCGGUAGCUCUUCCACCAUGACCCAGACCCUCCUCGAUGGACAGUUUCCAUCUGAAGAAUUCAUGUCGGGGGUUCUCCGACUCCGUGGCUCUCAUCUCACUCCAAGUACCACGGCCUUUCCCGAGCUAGAUAAGAACGGGUACACCGUCGUCAAAGGCGUCAUAUCUCGUGAAAAGGCUGCACAAUACGUUCAACGAAUGUAUCAGUGGUUGGAAUCGUUCGGCACAGGUUUCAAGGCCAAUGACAGGUCUACUUGGCACAUCAACAAAGUUAUCCCCUUCAACAAAGGUGGACUCUUCAGUCGAUAUGGAGCAGGACACGAACAAUACGCUUGGGAUAUCCGGGCCGAACCGGAGCUGAUCAAGGUUUUCGCCAAGAUUUGGGGAACAGAAGAAUUGCUUGUAUCCUAUGAUGCAAGCAAUAUCUCCCUACCUUACCCCGCGGAGGAGAUGGAAGGUGAUGUUAGCGCACCAUGGCCGCACGUCGAUCAGAGUCCCAACAGACGAUUCAAGCACUGCGUACAGGGCAUCAUGAAUCUUGAAGAGAACGGCCCCAACGAUGGUGGUCUGAUGGUUCUCACCGGCUCGCUGCCACUGUACAACGAGUUCUUCGAAACUCAUGAACACCUUCAACCUGAAGGCGGAUGGUCAUGGAAGGACUCCUACCCAUUCACAGAAGCCGAUAUGCAGUGGUUCUACGACAGAGGGUGCAAGUGGAUUAAAGUCGAAGCUGAGCCAGGCGAUGUGAUCCUGUGGGAUUCUCGAUGCGUACAUUAUGGUGCAGCUGCUCGAGGUGAUCGACCUAGAGUCGCGACGUACGUUUGCUACAAGCCUGCUGCCGAGAUCACUCCAGAAAUGAAGGAGGCGAGAAAGAUCGCCACUGAACAGUUGAUCGGCACCUCCCACGAUCCUCUCCUCUUCCGCAUGACAGGGACAAAGAUUCUUGGUGACGCCAUCCCGAAUGAGCGUCGGGAACCACUAGUCAGACCCGUUCUCACCGAGCGAAUGCAGCAGCUCGCAGGCGUCAAAGCGUACUAGGUGGCUAGGACGACCUGUUCAGUCAUGCUCUCUGACCGUAUUACCCCUAUGUAGCAACUCAAGUUGUCGUCCGUCGUGUGCGUAUGCAUGUUACCACAAGA